UAAGGAACCAUUCCCAGGAACAGCGGUACUCGUCUAGUAGCAGUUUUGUGCUCCUGAAAGAUCCGUUGCAGGAUGAGAGCAUCUCGGGACGCCACUAUAUUUAUUGACCUGAGCUUUCUUUCUCCUGAGGAGGAAGCGAUUAUUCAGAAAGUGCUCGUCAGAGACGAGGAUUUAAAGAAGCACGAGAUUGGACGUGUGAGGAAGCUGAGGGAGAGGGUCCCAGACCAGAAGGAGCUGAAAGUGUUAUCAGGUGAAUGGUUCGAGGAUCUUAAGUCCAAGCGUUAUGGCCGCCAGCCGCAUGUCUCAGCUGUAGUCCGCUCCUCUAUGAGAUGGAAGAAAACAGCAGGCCAUAAUACGAAUCCUUUCCUGAAAGCUGUGCCUGGGGAUAAAGGUGGAGAAAAGAACAAGACUCGCCCAGAUGUAACCACUGACCCUCGAUCAAUUCACCCAGCUCUCAGUGUACAGGUGCAGCAAGAAAACAAAGAUGAAGCUAUCGUUUUGGAAGAGUCCUCUGGAUCUGAACUCAAUAAACCUGUCCUUAAGGUUAUUGAAGCAGGACAUCAAUCAGGACCAAAACCUCAGGAGCAAACAUCAUUUAAAAUGGAGCCUAUGCAGGAGUCAAAGAUGAAAGAAGUCGAUACAAAGAUUUGGGACACUCGGGAUCCUGGAAGAACAGAACUGAAAGAAGACUGGGUUGUGAAGACGAAUUUGCAGAACAGACCAAAACAGACAGAUGAAAAACCAUUUAGAAAUUUUGAGAUAAGAUCUUUUAGCCAAGCACAGGAAUCAGGAAAUUGGGGAUUCGGGCAACUUGUCGCAGAGGAAGAAUUAAUUAAACCACAAUCAAAGGUUGAGGUUGUUAAAAUAAACUCUAACAACAGAACAGAAAUAGAGGUGAAAAAUAAGCAGGAGUGUCCAAGGCCCAGAGAAUCUAGCAUUCUAAUAAAUUCUGGAUCUGGCUUUGAAGAAAAAAUUCAAUCUCCAGUACCAAAGAAAAGAUCUAGUGACCACAUCAAAGUCAUAAAUGUCAACAGCAAGCAAACAACUCCAACAAGAAAGGAAGUGUUAAGUGUAGAUUUAGACAUGAAAAAAGAUCCAGGUGUUCUUGAAGAUCUAAAACCAAGUCCAGUUAAUAAUGUGAACACAGAGGUGUAUUUUAAUGUGGACCAUAAGAGUUUAGAUCCAGUACAGAAGAGAAAGGGAAGUGCAGUUCAGGAAUUCAUGGUUGAUGAACAAAGAUCUUCAAGAAGGACGGAGGAAUUGAGUGUAGAUUUAGAUCAGAGAAGAAGUCCUGAUGUUUCUAUAGGUCCAGUUAGUAAUGUAAACCCAGAAAUUAAAUAUAUCAGUCUGGACAAGAGUUUAGAUCCGGUACAGAAAGGAAAGGAAAGAGCUGUUGAAGAAAUCCUAGUCGCUGACUUUAAACAAAGAUCUUCAACAAGGACAGAGGAAUUAAGUGUUGAUUUGGAUGUAAAGAAUAAUUCGGAUAUCUCUGAAGCCCCAGGUUAUAAUUUAAACACAGAAAAAUCUGUUAACUGGAAACAAAAGACUUUCGAUCCGCCACGGAAGGGAAAGGAGGAAGUUGUUGAGGAAAUUGUAGUCCAAGAAAUUAAACAAAGAUCCCCAAAAAGGCUGGAGGAGCGAAUUAUCGAUAUAAACGUGGAAGAAAAUCCUGACGUUGUUGAGGAUUUAAAGACCAGACAAGUUCAAAAGGACGUCCGUAAAUAUGAGAGAGUCUUGGCAGACACGAAAAGCGACGAGCUCCCGGAUUCUGUUAUGAAGAAUCGAAAAAACGAAGCUGCUGGAGGAAAAAAUGGCUUUGAUGUGAAAUUGAGGGAAUCUGAAAGCACUAAUCAAAAGGUGUCAAAGGAGAUUGAGGCAAUGGAAAAAGGAGGCAGAGGAGAUGAAAAUGGGAUUUCUGAAAGCGAUAUUCUCGCCAGCGUCUACGCACGGGCCACUAGGCCCAAGCCAGGCGUGUCGAAAUCGGCUUUCUCACAAGAACCAAUGCAAAAGACUGUAGAAGUGAUACCGGCUAUAGUGAUCGUACCUUCUGAAUCCGAGGAGCCAAAAGAAACAGAGCUCGUGAAGAAUGAGACACCUACCCCAGAAGCAGUUGUUGAUGUUGAAAAAGCUGGCGCGGAUAUCUGGGAGGAUGUGGCAGUGGACUCGGAUGAGGACAGCAGCUCAGCGUCCAGCCACGACUCGGAUUUGUCGGGGAAACGCAGCCAGGUUUCUGCCACUACACUUUCAGUAAAGGAGCGCACGGCCAGUUUGCUGAGUGUGUACAGCGAUGCCGGGGACUUUGGGAACGUGGCGGUGCAGGGAUCGGUGGAGUUCGCUAUAAUGUACAGUCCUCUCGGAGAGCUCGUCAUCAUGGUGGAGCAGUGCCAGGACCUGGCCAUCGCAAACACGCGCAAACAACGUACAGACCCAUAUGUAAAGACGUAUCUGUACCCAGACAAGAGGAGCAAGAGGAAAACCUCCAUCAAGAAACAUACAGUGAAUCCAGUCUUCGUGGAAUCAUUAAGAUACAAAGUAAAACGUGAAGAACUGCAUGGAAAAACUUUGAAUUUAUCUGUAUGGCACAAUGACUCCCGAGGCAGAAAUGCCUUUUUGGGUCAGGUUGAGAUUAAUCUCAAGGACUGGAACUGGAAACAUGAAGCAGUCACAUGGUACAACCUCCAACCCAAGACUGCAGAUAUUCUGGAAUCACAGGAGUAUCGUGGAGUUUUGUUCGUCUCGCUGAAAUACGUGCCUGCAGAAGCCACAGGUGGUUCUAGAAUCAGCCAGCCUACAGGAGAGAUUCACAUCUGGCUGCGGGAAGCAAAACAUCUGCGCCGUCUAAAAGCUCAGGGAGUCGACUCCUUCGUAAAGUGCUACAUGCUACCAGACACGAGUAAAAAGAGUCGCCAGAAGACUCGCGUGGUGAAGAAGACGCAGGACCCUGUGUAUAACCACACCAUGGUGUAUGACGGGUUCAGAGUGGGAGAGUUGUGUGAGGCCUGCUGUGAACUCACCGUGUGGGACAACCACAAACUCUCCAAUCAGUUCCUCGGGGGAGUGCGUCUCAGCCUCGGCACAGGUCAGAGUUACGGAAAGAAAGUUGACUGGAUGGAUUCCGAGAAUGAAGAAGUGGAAAUAUGGAAAAAAAUGAUGGCUAAUCCAAACAGCUGGGUCGAGGGGGAACUUUCGCUCAGGGCUUCGAUGACUCCCAGGAAGUGAGACAGAGUUUGAUGAAGACUUUCCAAAGAACUGAUGAUGGUCUGAUGAUCCGGAGAAUGUUG